AUGGGGGUCCCACUUAUCUGCCUCACAGCUCCUUCCUCAAAUUCCUCUCUCCCUCUCCUUGUGACCAACACCACCGGUGACAGAGGCCGAGGCGCCGAGCUGAAGGAGGGGCGCCCGCUGGCAAGCUUCGCCUCGCGCCUUGCAGUGAGGCUGCCUCGCGCUCGCCUCGCCGGUAAGCCCCGCCCCACCCCGUGCCCGCCUCGUCCCGCGACUGAGCUUUUGGAUCCAGACGCGAGGAUCAAGCCCGCCUCGCGCCUGCCGGCCUCGCCCCGCGCUUGCAGUGCAGCCUUCGCACGCUCACCGGCAAGCCAGUGCUUGCCGCGCCGCCGUCCCGCACCCGCGUUUGCAGUGCCGCCGCCCCAUGCCCUCGCCUACAGCGUCGCCGCCGCCGCCGCUCGCCGGCAAGCUCGCGCUUGCAGCGCGACCAUCCUGCGCCCCGCGCCCGCUGGCAAGCCAAUGCUUUCUGCGCCGCCGUCUCGUGCCCGCUCUUGCAGCGCCGCCGUCCCGCACCCGCAGUUGCAGCGCUUGUCGCCCCCGCCCACCGGCGAGAUCUCCUUGCAGGGCCGCCGCCCCGCGCCAUCACCGCCUCCUCCCUUCCCCUGA